AUGGUAUCCACAUUCGAGGAAUAAUUAGACAUUGAAUAUGAGGGAUUUCAUUUUGUAAACGUCAUCACAUCAGAUGAUUUAGUGUACCAUUUCACAAAUCAAAAAUAUCAGAAGAUCGACGGAUCAGAAUAAUUGUUAUCAUAUUAAUAUUUGACUUUGCAAGGAUCAAAAAUAUCAGCUUUGAUGGAUGACACAAAUGCGGACAAUGUUCCUGAAUAGCUUAAUUUUGAUUUCUAAUUAUUCACAGAUGCAGAUAAAAUCAAAUAGGUUACAAUAUUAUUGCCUCUAAGAUGUUACUUUGCAAGUUUGCAUUUCAAAUUUGAUUGUUAUUUGUACUUUUAGGAGUCUGAAAUAAUCAGUGGUUAAGGACUAUCGUAAUUGCAAAUAGCGGGAGAAGUUCAAUUCUAUCAAUAAGAACCAUUGCCAUCAAGCAAUUUUGAUAUUGAUUAUUAUUCAGAAAUCAUAGUUGAUGAUAACCUGAGUAAUCAAUGGAUGGGUGAAAUGCUGUCGCAGAUUUAUACUAGAACAUAUUCAGUUCGACCUCGGUAUAUCAGUAGAAAGAUUGGAGGGAAUUCUGAGAAGCAAUUGAGAGUUAGUAUAAAAUUGGACAACAUUAAAUUGCAAUUGAUUCAAAGAUGGGUAAGUUUACUUGCGAUAAUGAAAUUGGCAUGGCUGCAAUAUUUUUCAGUGUUCAUAAUCAUUUGGAUCAUCGGGAGAGAGUUUUUGAUCUUCCUAUUUAGGUUUAGGAUAGUUGACACUUGCAAAGUGGAAUAAUUAUGA